AUGGAGCCUAAAAGAAACAGGUUUAUCGGGUUUGUUCAAGAGAGGUCCGCUUAUAUCCCUACCAUUACCAAGUCUAUUAGUAACUUUGCCACCAAUGCUUUUGACUCCUCAAACGAAGUACCUAAAUCCGUUCCGCCAAAUUCUAAGAUAUUGCUCUACAAUACUUAUACUAGGAUGGAGACGCAUGAGGGAAAUACUAAGUAUAUUACAGAUGUACAGGGAAAUUUCAACUGCCCUGCCACUCCGGGCUCAAUGACAAGGAGAAAUCGAUUACUGCUUUCCAUGGCAAAACAAUUUGUAAAAAAUCCAUCCACCUUUAAUACAGACCAGUUUGAACACGAACUGGAAAGCGAGAUGGCGAACCCGGACACUACUUUGGACCAGCUCUCUGGUGUCCCCGAGUUCUCUAGAACUAGCACUAUGUCCACGACGGCAAGUUCGAUCUCUCAAACUAAUUCAAUGGCGGAUUUAGACGACACAUUGGUGCAACGAUUGGAGGGGUUUCUAUGCAAAUCCAUACCAGACCAAGAAGUACGGGUGACUAUUGGCUCCGAGACAAGAUCCCACAAUCAGGUCUUGAAAAGUAAAACCGUACGUACGUUUGCGAACGGUGACUUUGUUACCCAAGUGGCUACCGACUAUGUCCCAUCCAUUAUUCAGGUCAGUUCCACCUACGACGACCAAAUUUUUUCAUUUCAGCAAAUUAUGCUGAUUCCAGAUUGGGGCAUUGGUGUGAUUUCAGAUAUUGAUGACACUAUUCGCCAAUCUGGAGUUAUUGGUGAUAAAAGAAGUUUAUUCACUAAUAUUUUUGUGAAGCCUUAUCGGCUUUGCGAAGUACCAAACAUUUCUCGAUGGUUCAACUCUCUCGCUGAGUCAUGCAACGUUUCUUUCCACUAUGUUUCGAAUUCUCCAUGGCAGUUGUAUCCUACUACUUAUCAAUUCUUCGAGGAAAUUGGACUACCAACAGGGUCAAUACAUUUGAAAAAGUAUUCCGGAAAUUUACUUUCAAGUUUUAUGCAACCAGCCUCAGAAAGGAAACGAAUUGCCUUGCAAAAAAUCUUACGAGAUUUCCCUCACAGAAAAUACAUAUUGAUUGGAGAUUCGGGUGAACAGGAUAUGGAGGCUUAUCUUGAAAUAUGUAUCGAAUUCCCUUCUCAAAUCCUUGGAGUUUAUAUCCGAGUCGUGGAUAACUCUCUUUCGGACUUUGACGACGAUAAGAUAUUCAACGAAUUACAACAGAUCAUGGACCGUGAUCAUAAGAACUGUCGAACCCCCGCAUUAAAUCCUCUGGACGAAGAUUUAAUCGACCUGGAUACAGAAAUAGAACAAACAGCAACCGAGCAUAAACCACCUCAUCUUUAUAGAAAACCUCCCAUGAUCCCUCCAAAACCAAAAGUGCUCAAGGGUGCUCCAAUAGUUCCAAAAAAACCAGUAGAGCUGAAAGGGCGUUCUGUGGUUCCCCAACAAAUGUCCUCAUCUAGCACAACAUCACUUUCAACUACCAAUGGGAAAGGAACUUUGACAUCUUCAAAUUUAGAUCCUCCACCGUUGCCUAGGAGAACAAGCUCGUCUCCCAGUUCAUUGGUUUACACUAAACUGUCCUCCCUGUCUUCUAACGACAGAGAGAAAAGAUUUAGAGACGCAGGAACAACAGAAUAUAUCAAUAGUGCUGGCGAUCAAGUGACUUAUACAAUCUAUGACAAGAAGGGUGAAUUAUGGAAGCAACGAAUUCAUGCACUCAAAGAUAGACUUCCUGAUCAUAUAGACUUUCAGUUUUGGUGGAAUAUUGACGAUAAAUUAAUCGAUCAAAGUAUUGAAAAAAUCAAAAAAAGUAUGUAG